AUGGUCGAGAACCUCAGGAAGACCGGCCAGGCAAAUAUUAGCGCCGGAGCCGUCCAAGCGCGCAUCUUCAAUCUCGACAAAUACUGGGAGAAAUUCGAGAAUCAACACGAAGUUCUUCUCAACAAAUUCAAGGAUGAGUUAAAGAAGCACGAUUACGCCACAUUCUCAUCACUGGUGGAAGAGGAGUAUAUGUCGCAGCGCGGCAUGCUCAUGGACUUCGCUACAAAGCUAACAGGAGAAACAAGGAAUUCUUCUGCAAGCACCCAACCACAGCAGAGCAUCGGCCGAGCUUCACUGCCUCGCAUUCAGCUGCCCAUGUUCUCGGGCAAUUACGAAGAUUGGCCAUCCUUCAGAGACCUGUUUAAAUCAUUAAUCGACCAGGAUGCAUCAAUCAGCGAGGUCGAAAAACUCCACUACCUCAAGGCGAGCCUGAAAGGGGAAGCCAGCCUACUCAUCAAAACUCUCAGCAUCACCGCAGAAAACUACAAACAAGCCUGGAACACUUUGAGCGGCUUGUACGAAAACAAAAGGGCAUUGAUCAGAUCGUGCCUCACCAAAUUUACAUCAAUCCCAAAGGCAAAGGCGGAGUCAGCAAACGAACUUCAAAGAAUCUUCCACGGCAUGAUCUCAACCUGCAGCUCACUUGACGCCAUUGGAAGACCCAUCGGGCAGCACGAAGACUUGUAUGUCUUCCUGGUUGUCGAACUAUUCGACAACAAAACACGUCGAGAUUGGGAGGCCUCUAUCGCCGAGACAACGGAACCUCCUACCUACACACACCUCAGGAAUUUUCUCGAACGCCGAAUCCAGACGCUCGAAGCAAUCCAGCAACCAAAGGGAGAACAGAAAUCUCCCGAACCAUCACCACGGUGGAAAAACGCACAUCACGCCCAGAACAACAAUGGGAAGAAGAAGGCAAGCGAACCCGAACAAGAACAGAGACGCAGUGCACCCACAGAAACCUGCAUCAUCUGUAACCAGGCUCACUACAUUAUGUUCUGCCCAACCUAUAAGGACAAACCAGCCAGGGAACGGUUGAGCAUAAUUUUGCAACACAACCGCUGCACCAACUGCCUGGGCAAACACAAGCACCACGAAUGUCCAUCCAAGAAGACGUGCCGAACUUGCUCGGAGGGACAUCACACCACGCUGCACGAUGCCUUGGCCGCUCCAAAGCCAGCAACCUCAGCCAAUUGCCUCAUCGCCAAGCAGCGCCCAUCAACAAGAGUGUCCGUUCUGCUAGCUACAGCCCGCAUCCGGGUAGCAGAUCGUUUCGGCAACUUGCACCAUGCACGUGCACUUAUCGAUCAAGGCUCUGACACGAGCAUGAUCACCGAGAGGCUAGCACAACGCCUCCACAUCACUCGGACUAAAGCAUCAAUCGCCAUAUGCGGAGUAGGUGGAGUCCAAACCGCAACAGCAAAGGGGAAAGUCGAGCUGAAGGUUACAGCUCGUCACAAGAACACCACUAUUGUAACGACAGCACUGAUUCUCCCCAAACUGACCCUCUACGGCAACAACGUGGAAGCAUCUAGGCGGGAGUGGAGUCACAUCAAGGGGCUCGAUCUAGCAGACCCAGACUUCAAAGCCUCCGAUCCCAUCGACGUCCUCCUCGGGGCUGACAUCUAUGCUCAAAUCAUGGACACCGGUCUCCGGAAGGGGGGCAGAAAUCAACCCAUCGCCCAGAAAACCAUCUUCGGAUGGAUUCUAUCAGGCACCACCAGUGCGUCAAACACAUCCACCAAUACCACAGUGAGUCACCACUGUUCAACAAGGGACUCGCUAUCAUCCAUGGUUCGACGAUUCUGGGAACAGGAGGAACUGCCCAACGCUCCUCCUUCCUUGACUCCCGACGAGAGACUUUGUGAGGAGACAUACGCUAUCGGACAUUCCCGAACACCCGAAGGUCGCUACAUCGUGCGACUACCAACUUCAUCAAAAAUAAUGGACUUGUCGGACACCCGGAGAGCUGCCGAAAGAAGUCUCAAUUACACUUUCAAGCGCUUUAAACACAAUAAGGGGCUUGAGCAACAUUACCACGAGUUCAUGUCCACCUACGAAGCCAUGAAACACAUGGAGGUGGCAGAACCACUCAAGCCGACGAGCAACGUCUGCUACCUUCCUCAUCACGGAGUGUGGCGAGAGUCCAGCACCACUACACCACUUCGAGUAGUGUUCAACGGAUCCUGCCUAACUCACCAAGGAAUCUCCCUCAACCAUUUCCUGCUAAAAGGGGAGAAUCUGCUGCCAGCUCUAUCUGACGUCUUGCUCAGAUGGAGAACCCAUCGCUUUGUCAUCGCUGCUGACAUCGAGAAAAUGUACAGACAGAUUCUCGUACACCCAGAUGACAGAGACCUCCAAAGAAUAUUGUGGAAAACUGAGGAAGAUCAAGACCCACGCGAAUAUCGACUCAAUACCGUGACGUACGGUCUCGCUUGCGCUCCCUUUCUAGCCAUCAGGACCAUCCGACAACUGGCUCACGACGAGCAGGCGAAUUUCCCACUUGGAGCAUCUAUUCUUCAACGAGAUAUCUACGUUGACGACAUCCUUACUGGAACAGAUAAUCAAACGCAACUGCUCAAUCUUCAAAGGGAACUUCGAGAGAUAUGCAUGGCGGGCGGAUUUCCACUCAAGAAAUGGAUGUCAAACGACUCCACUCUGCUCACACACAUUCCAGAGUCAGAUCGUUUGGUAAAGGGCAACAUGUCUUGGGCUCCUACAGAGGAAACUCACUCCACUCUAGGGCUUCAAUGGAGCCAGCAAUCAGACACCUUCCUGUUCACCGUCCAACCAACCACCGUCAAAGCUAUUACGAAGCGAUCAAUUUUAUCUCAGGCAGCUCAACUCUUCGAUCCAUUAGGAUGGCUCACACCCGUAACAACCCGAGCAAAAAUCACCAUUCAGUCAACAUGGUUGAUCAACGCCAAGUGGGAUGAUCCUCUUCCUCAACACAUUUCACAAGACUGGAGGGAGUUUCACGACCAAUGGACAACACUCUCCAACAUUCGCAUUCCUCGCUGGCUAAUUCGGACCAACAGAAUAGAACUCCAUGGGUUUUCAGACGCCUCCGAACAAGCCUACGCGGCCGUCCUCUACUUGCGAGCUCUCCAGGAAAACGGCCGGAGCGAAACAUCAUUGAUAGCUGCAAAGAGUAAGGUCGCACCACUAAAACAGGUGUCACUUCCUCGACUGGAACUUUGUGCGGCACAUCUCCUCACUAAGUUGGCUCACCACACACUCAGGCUGACCAACUGGAAUAACAUCACUACAUACUUGUGGACAGACUCCACUGUCACGCUGGGCUGGAUCCAGGCACCUCCACGAAGAUGGAAAACAUACGUAGCAAACCGAGUCGCUGAGAUCCAAACACUGCUUCCAGAAGCCAAAUGGAAUCACAUCCCGAGUCAGCACAACCCAGCGGAUUGCGCAUCACGAGGGCUCUCACCACGAGACCUACUCACACACCAACUUUGGUGGAAGGGACCAGAGUUUCUCUCCAAUGAUGAGAAACCUCCACGGAGUAAUCUCCAGACAGAUCUCACCAACCUUCCAGAAGGGAGGUCAACAGCCCAUGCAGCAACAGCCAGAGAACCACCAACUGAACCUGAGAUGCUCAGUCUAUUCUCCAGCUACAGCAAGCUGCUCAGAAUCACCGCUUGGUGUAGACGUUGGCUUCCUCAAAACCACAAUCACGAAAAUCUCCUGUCCCCAGCCGAGAUCAUCCAAGCCGAGAUCGCGUGGCUAAAAAUCAUCCAACAACACCAUUGGAGGGAAGAACUCAGACACCUUACAACCGGCAGCAUCAAAAAGGGAAGUUCAUUAAUAUCCCUCACUCCCUACCUCGAUGACAAAGGCAUUUUACGAGUCGGAGGAAGACUCAAACAUUCAUUACUUUCCCUCGACGAAAAACACCCAAUAAUCCUGCCACAUGAUUCAAAAUUCUCAUCUUUGUUGAUAGAUCACCUGCACACGAAGACACUACAUGGCGGAGUUCAACUCGUCCUAGGAACAUUACGCCAGCGGUACUGGAUUCCCCGAGGACGGAACCUCAUCAAAUCACGUAUACGCCAAUGUGUCACAUGUACGCGAUGGCGGGCGGAGCCACCGCAACAACUCAUGGGAAAUUUACCACGGUCACGAGUAACUCCAGCAAGACCGUUCCAAUUCACUGGAGUUGACUACGCAGGACCAAUCGCCUUGAAGACUUCACCAGGACGAGGACACAAGACCACCAAGGCCUUCUUCGUCAUCUUCGUAUGCAUGGUGACCAAAGCUGUGCACUUAGACAUCGCUUCCGACUAUUCCACGCAAGCCUUCACAGCAGCAUUAAAACGAUUCAUCUCAAGAAGAGGACUCUGCACUGAGCUCUACAGCGACCGAGGUACCAACUUCGUAGGCGCAAACACCGAACUGCAAAAGCUGAUCAAAGCUGCAACGAGCGAACACAACUCCUUCACAAAGGAACUCGCUCAACUGGGUAUCACUUGGCGGUUCAACCCACCAGCAGCUCCACACUUUGGCGGGCUCUGGGAAGCUGCCGUGAAAUCUACAAAGUUUCAUCUUCGCCGAGUCAUCGGAGACGCUUCGCUCACAUACAAAGAAAUGAGCACCGUCCUCUCACAAAUCGAGGCGUGCCUAAACUCUCGGCCUCUCAGUGCACUGACUGAUGAUCCUGACGACGUCUCGGCCUUAACCCCGGGUCACUUUCUCAUCGGUGCACCCCUCAAUGCACUUCCGGAAUCAACGCUUGCGGACACGCCAACAUCACGAUUAUCCCGCUGGCAACAACUCACCCAGAUGCGAGAUCACUUUUGGACAAGAUGGUCCCGCGAAUACAUCCAAAGCCUCAUCCCAAGAAACAAAUGGCUCCAAGCAAAGGACAACAUAAAAAAGGGUCGUCUCUGCCUCAUCCGAAACGAAAUCACUCCUCCAUCAAAAUGGCCGCUGGGACGAAUCAUCGAAACACUACCAGGAAACGAUGGUCUUAUCAGAGUUGCCGUCAUAAAAACCGCCACAACCACGCUAACAAGACCAAUCAACAAGAUAGUUCUCCUUCCAAUCGCUGCAGAAGAGUAA